GAGGAGUGUGUGCUUCGAGACUCCCUCUGGAAACUGGCGUCACAUGGGCCGUUAUUACCAGCUAUGUGGGAAAGAGAUGCGCACAAACUCGCCAACUAUUCACAGCGGAAAAUAGGCUUUCCACAGAUGCAGCUGUUAUAAUCAUUCAAAAGCGAAUUCAAACUUUUAAACGAGUGCAGAAUGCGUCAAGAAGGAGCCGGUUGAAAACCAACACCAGAAUGCGGGCUAAGUAAAGGCAGUGGGAAAUGCGCGCUGGCUGGGCACUGGAGUAGUAAAAAGCUGUAUGUGGGUGUGUCAGUGCAAUAUGACAGGCUGACCCUGUCGCUCCUACACUGACAUGGAACGAGCAAAUGCGCCCGGCGCGCGCACAGAGAAACAUGGCCGGGUUCGGCUCGUCUCUCAGAAUCCAAUGAGGACUGCAUCCCCUUCCAAACACUCCCGUAGUCUCGUGUGCAAGCUGGAAGUGAUCGAAAGACAUGUGGAAUGCGCUCGGAAACGGCUCAGGGUUUUACAGUGGAGGAGGCGGUGGCUACAUGUGUAAAGCGCAUGGUUGGGAAUUUGUGCCUUGCCCCAUGCUGGAGAGAGAAGGGGACAGGAAACGCAGUCGGAGUCCACUCCGAGGAGUGACCUCUGUAGGGAAUUUUGCCGAGCACUCUGGCCUCGGACGUGAAGCGUCGCCAUCCGCAGAUCAUUUACGACUGAGAAAGAGGUUCGAGGAGCUCAGGAAGCGUCACUGUCAGGAAAAAGACGCCUGGAUGAAAGAGAAGGAAAUGCUUUUGAGAGAAGUGGCAGACGUGCAAGGCGGGGAGAACAGACGGAUAUUGUUGGACCUGAAGACGUUGUUGGAGGAGGUGCAGUCUGAAGUGAAAAGGGAAGAGAGUAAACGCGGCGAACUCCAGCUGCAGUACACCAAGGACCAGUGCACAUGGGAGCUAGAAAAGGCAGAGCUGAAAUGCAGAAUUGCACAGUUGGAGGCCAAAGGAACAGUGAAUAGUAAGACUGGAGACACAAUAAGGAGGGAAAGAGAGGAAGAGCGGAGGCUGCUGGCAGACACCCAUACUGCAGCAAUGGACCUGCGUUGCCGGCUGGAGCACAGCGAGAGGGACUGGGUGAGGGAGAAAUCCGAGCUUUUGGAGCGCUUUGAUUUGGAGAGGAAGGAGUGGGAGAGUCAGCUCAGGGACAUGCAACACAAGAUUGAGGAGUUGUACAAUGAAGUGAAGUCUCAUCGACAGAAAGGUGCUUUUGGACCAAACAGCGGUGUACAAACGACUGCCAUAAGGCUCAGUACACAUUCUGGCAGCACUGUAUCCAGCACUCUGACUGACUCCUCAGAGGCCCACAGCAGCAGUUACUCUGAGCCUCUCACCCAGCACAGGCAUAGCAGCACUGACUCCAGUCGUAACAGCAGUGAACCCAAUGGCCAGCACUAUAGUAUUCAGAAUGAGCAAUCAAAGCAAAGCAGCUCUGGGAAGUAUGAGCAUAAUGAACUUGAGGCCAUUAACACUGCAGAGCUUGAAGAUAUUCUUCAUGGGUGCCUUGUGAGCAAGCCCAUCUCCAGUGGGCAAAAGGAUCUGCUCAACCCCUACCGAGGGUUUCAGAAUAUGAACAUCAACUGUGCGAGUGAUAAAAAGAACACAAUGGCUCUUAAUGCUGCUCUUAAAGAAAUAGCUAAGGUUAGUGAAGAGCUGUGCAGCUACCAGGAUGAGAUCAGAAGCAAAUCUGAUGUCAAGAGAAGCCAGACUGAGUCAAUGUUCUUUCCAGGAGAUGUUAAGAUGGGUGAGAAAGAUAUGUCGGAACCAGGUGACACCGAUUUUAACAUGAAUUUGUGGUGCAAAGAUCUUCUUGCCCUGGACAAGCAGAAAGAGAUUAUCUGGGACGAUGUUAAAAAGAAUUCAACCAAGACAGAAAGUGACACUGAACUACCUGUGAAGAGAAGAGAUGUCCCUCCUAUUCCAUUCAGGAGCACAUCUUGGUACAUUAACAGUCCUUCGGCUACAGAUAUACCAUCCAGUGCCCCAGAGCCACUGACGCGCAAAACAUGUAGAAGUCCUUGUCUUCACAGAAAGUGCAACAGCCCCUCUAUUGUGCGAAGAUUUGAGGCAAUGCUGCAAGAGAACGAGGGAAAGAUUCUGACAGACUCUGGGAUUGUGCCUGGCCCAGUGCCUCGUGAUUCAAAGUGCAAUAUAAGCUGCUGCCAGAGCCGGUGGUCCUGUGACGGAAGCAGGUUUGGCAGCAGCAAGUCAUCCACAUAUGUGCCUAUCCAAAAAUGUCUCUCAGAAGUUAAUAUAAUAGCUGCAGAGGCUAAGUGCAGUCAGAGCCAGAUAGAUGCAGACAGUAAACAAAACUUGAAGGAAGAGCUUCAUCUCAUGGACUCGACACACAAGGGUGUGGCUGCUGACAUCCUAAUGCCUCCAGACCUAACCUCACCUUCCAAUAACACCUCCGUCCCACGGAGAAAUGAGAUGCUAGAAAGGAAAACAGCUGAGUUCAACCGCAUCCUCUUUCAGGCAGGCAUGGGUUUUCAGUUUGAUGGGGACAGUAGCUCCACAGAUGUGCACUAUACAUCUGAUAAUACCACUGAGGACAAUCUGACAAACGUGGCACCAGAUCUUACAACACAGUAUCCCAUAAGCAAGUAUGAACAGACUGCUCCUCAGGUAUCACCACAGUUAAAGAACCAAACAAAGGAUUCCACUUCUGGCCCUUCAACUCUACAACAGGAUAUAACAGUGAAGACUGUAACUUCUGGUCUAUCUCAGUAUCUAGCAGUGAAACAUGAGGACUCAGAAUGUACACGCCUGUUGUUGCAUACAGAAGACAGGGAGCCUUCCAUCACUCAGUUUGAUAAAAGCUUGAGAACAAUUAAAUCAGAUUUAAAUUUGAGUCCCUCACAGCUAAAACAUCAGACUGAGAAGUUCAGUAAAGUAAAGACUGUCACUUCAGAUCGGCAUCCUGCUGAAACGAAACCUAAAAAGCCUGAACGUACAAAACAGGACAUGCCUAACACAAGGUCCAGAGUUUUAUAUGAAAAUCCUUGGAAACCUUCGACUCUGGCUGCCUACCCUCGACCACUGGAGUCUCGGUCCAACUAUGGGGCAAUAGAAAGGAUUUUGAAGAGUUAUGAAAAUCUAGGACAUUCCCAGCAAGACAAGCAAUUGCAAUCUAAUCCAGGGAGGGAGGAGGACCUUACAGAGCUCUUGAAUUUGCUGGAAAUCCAGCAUCAGUCUAGAUCCAGUGAAAGAGUCACAAACACACCUCACUACCAAGCUGUAGCUCACAAAGAAGCACAUGUAACAGUGAAGAACAAAGAAUCAACAGUAACCGUCAAGAAGAGUUUCUCUCGACCAGCUUGUCCUGCUAAAAGACGUCUACCCUCACGCUGGGCUAAUCGCUCUUCUUCCCUCUCAUCUAUAUCCUCCCCAUCUCCCUCACCAACAAUACAGCCCACCGUCUCCAGCUCACAGAAAACGUUCACCUACUCUGCAUUUCACACAGAGACAAUCAUCAUGUAAACAAAAUGUGACUAAUGAGAGUCACGCACAUACUGAGAACAAUGUCUUCAAAGCUGAAUGCUUCCUCAUCUCUUCCUGAUUACCUUUGUAUAUAUCAAUAAUGACUGUUAAUCCAACAAGGUUUUCAAAAUACUGCUUCACUUACUGUUGCAUUGUAUUGAUCAUGUUCUGUAUUAUCAACAUAUGAAGCCUAUACUAUAUGGUCAGAAGUAUGUGUACACCUGACCAUCACACCCAUAUGUGGUUCUUCCCCAAACUGUUGCAACAAAGUUGGAAAAACACAAUUGUAUAGAAUGUCUUUGUAUACUGUAGCAUUACAAUUUCCCUUCACUGGAAUUAAGCGGCCCAAUCAUGUCCCAGCAUGACAAUACCCCUGUGCACAAAGUGAGGUCCAUGAAGACAUGGUUUGGCAUGGUUGGUGUGAAAGAGCUUGAGCGGUUUACACAGAGCCCUAAACUCAACCCCACUGAACACCUUUUGAAGAAUUUGGAAGGCCUCCUCACCCUACAUCAGUGCCUGACAUAAUGCUGUUGUGACUAAAUGGGUAAAUCCCCAGCCACACUCCAAAAUCUUGUGGAAAGGUUUCAUAGAAGAGUGGAGAUUAUUAUAAGAGCAAAGGGGGACUUAAUCUGGAAUGGGACCUUCAACAAACACAUAUGGGAGUGAUGGUCAGGUGUCCACAAACCUUUGGAUAUAUAGUGUAUCUAUGUAUAUUUUUCUCUCCAUGCAGCCAUGUUCUUGAUCCAUACCAAAGGCUGUGUUAAGAAUCCAACAGAAGGAUUUCUGUGUAACUGCCAUGAUAUUUCUCCCUAUGCGUUUAGGUGCCUCCAAUUUCUGACCAUAUUUAAAAGCUCUAGUGCUGAUUAUUUCAAAGAAAUCAUUUGUUAUACUUUAAUUGACUCUCAUCAAAAUGAUUGACUUGUAUGAAUAAGACAUGUAUUAUAAACUCACUCUGUCUACUUACCUGAUGUGAAACAUAUCAUUAAAGUAUAACCUUUAUAACC